AUGGGCAACAUCAUCCCCAGAUUGACUCAGUUCAUCCAGAACAUUCCCAGGCCGGGAGGAGGAGGAGGGGGAGCCGGCGGAUUAUUUCAAAAUCUAGGAAACAGACCGUUGGGUGGGAGGCCUCUGGGUAGCAGGCCUUUAGCUAAUCUCUUGGCUUCCGGUUCCUCGUCUUCCGGUUCGAUUUCGGCAGCAAGUACGGCGAAUGGAGUCGCCAGCGCAGCCGGGAGCGCCGCUUCCGGGGGGAGCUUCUUCUUUAGGAGAUCGUCGGAAGUUAUACCCUGGGACCUCCCCAAGAUCUUCAGCAAGCUUAAAAACGUAUACAAGAAGUACAAAAUGGAUAAUCCCGAUUGCCAGAGAUUACUAAUCUGCGAAAUGUAUCGUCGAGGCACCUCCAUCAAAAUCGGAAACAUGGCGGACAGGUUCUUGCGUAUAUUGAGGGCCGAGGCACGCUUGGACGGAGCAACAACGUUCACUUCCCGCACCAAAUCGACCCUGAAAGAAUUCUUAAAGGCGGCUCAACACGGAUUGGCACACCAAGAGUGUUCGGUUAUUUACUCUCGAUGCUCUGGCGACUCCGUGUCCGCGGCAAAGUCACGUGACGAGUACUACCCCCUGAAUAAGGAGCAAUAGAAAAAUAUCUUUCGAAAAAAAACCUCAUUACUUAUUUAUUUAUUCGACGUAUUCGUAAAAUACAAACGACAUUUGCUCAAUUUUGCUGCAGUGUUUGACGUCAUAAAUACUAUGUAUUUUAUUUAUUAUU